AUGCAAAACGAAUUCUCUGACCGUUUUAGUAAACUAACGGAAAAGAUCCAAGAUUACGACACUCGCUUUGAUGAGCUUGUAAGGGAAAACAUCAAUUUAAAGGGAUAUGUACGUCAACUACAAGACCGCCUAAACAAGCACACCUGUGAAUUUCUCCGCUCAGAUUUAGAGAUUCUAGGAUUAACCGAAAUUCCAAAUGAGAAUCCAUACCAUCUAGUACUUACCACUGCUAUGAAAAUCGGAGUAGAACUUGAUGAAAGUGACCUAAGCUACGUAUCUCGCACUGGACAAAAAUUAAGUGAUCCCGACCAGAGUGAUCGAUUACCACGCCGGCUGAUAGUUUCCUUCACUCGAAGAACCAAACGGGAGGAGUUCCUUAAACAAGCUAAAGCUCGGCGAACACUUCAAAGCAAGGAUAUAGUGGGAAGUGGAAUUGAAAGAAAACUCUUCGUAAAUGAGCGCCUCACAAGUGAUAGUCGCCGUUUAUUUCGGACUUCUCGACUUUGGGCGAAAGAUCAUGGCUUCAAAUACUGUUGGAUCAGAAAUGGAAAUAUCUUUGUCAGGAAGGGGGAAGGGCGUAAUGGGAGCCCACCAAUUCAAGUUCGGUCUCCUGAGGAUUUGCAAAACUUACUUAAUAAACAAGCUCCACAACAU